AUGAAGGCAGAGCCUCCGAUGACUCCACAGCUUCCUGGUCCUGAGGCGGCUCCCUCUAGUGGGCUGAUAGUGGAUGGCUCCCCGGGCGGGGGGGCUGUGGAGUGGGGUUUGUCCGAGGAGCAUAAAGUCCAAACACCGGCUUUUACCGACACAGUCCGACUCUACCGCCAGGCUCAAGGGCACUUUGGCACCUGGGAGAUGAUGUGUGGCGUACCAUCCCAGAUCCUGUCUAACCUGGUGAUGGACAGCCUCCUCCCUGAACUGAGGGAGCUCAUCUCCCCCCGUCUAAAAGGAAAACUCUACGAGAGGCAGAGGAACUGGAUGCUGAUCAGCGACGCCGUGUACAGCUUGGUCCAGAACCAGUGUCAGACCCAGUAUGAGGCCGUGGUGCAGAAAUGUGAAGCAAGCCGCUCGUCUCUGGAAGCUUCCAUCCGAACGGAUAUGGAUCAGAUCAUAACAUCCAAGGAGCAUGUCACCAACAAGGUCAAAGCCGUGGUUCUUCCCAAGGCUGAGAAGUUACUGAAGGUCAGCAUCGAGCCGUACAUCAGCUCCAUCCUCGACGCCCUGAUGGAGCCCACCAGCCGAGGCUUCUUCGAGGUCCGAGAUGUGUUCUUCAGGGAGCUGGUGGACAUGAGCAAGAACACCCUGAAUAACGGCACCAAGGAGAUGAUAGCUCAGCACAUGGAAAAGAUCUCCAUGCUGGCCUUCCACCCAGUGAAGAUGCAGAGCUGCUAUGAGAAGGUGGAGCAGCUGAGUCUGGAGGGUCUGCAGCAGAGAUUUGACGUCUCCAGCCCAUCCGUGUUUGUUCAGAGGGCCCAGAUCCUCAUGAGAAAGCAAAUGGACGAUGCGGUGUAUACGUUUGAGCAGAUCCUGAACCAGAGUCUGGAAUCUCAGAGUCCUGAGGAUCUGUGCAAGACCAUCCAACGGUGUCAGGACAGAGUCAUGAAGGUAUGGCACACACAUGCAGCCAGCGGUUGCAAUAGCGGAGAAAAAAAGAACUAUUUUAACCAGAAAAUGAAUUCCUCCUUUAUAGAACAGGACGCCUUGAAUCGUUUGUCUCUUUCUUUUCCAGCUGUGAAGGAGGCAGCAGUCCAAAGGAGACACAACCUGUACAGGGACAGUAUUGUCCUCAGCAACAGCGACCCCAGCCUCCACCUGCUGGGAGAGAACCCGUCCAUUGACUGGGCAGAGAAGUAUGGAGAACAGCAGGAGGAAGGAGAACCGCUCAUGGAGGUUUCCGAGGCUGAUGGUGAAUGUGCAGAGUCCCAGAAGAGGAGAAGGGUAAAGCAGGUGGUGUCAAUGAUCCAAGUGGAGGGUUCCAGUGAGCUCUUCAAGGAGGCACCUGCCAUUGACGUCAUCCUGGAGGAGGCGGAUGGAGCCGGGGAGGAAAAGGCGGAAGAUGAAGCUACCUCUGAACAAUUUCCAGUGCCUAAAGAGUCAGAGAGCCCUCCAGACACCUCCGGUGGAUCCUCCUCACAGAAAGACGAACCAAACCCUGAGGAGCUGCCUGAGGAAAAGGAGCUAACCAAGGUUGAAUCCCCUGUAGAUGAGGGUUCCAGUACUGUAGAGGGAGAAAACCUCCAACCUGUGACUGAAGAAAAGCCUUCCCAAAGUCAGGAGUCAGAGGAAAUCCUUCCAUCUCCACCUCGUCCUGUAGAAAUAUGCCCCAAAGGUACAGAAACCACCUCACAGACCGUGACCAGUAUAUCCGUUUUAGAGGAAGGGAAAGCUGAGGACCUGUGUGAGGAAAAAGCUGCUUUGACCAACCCUGAGGAAGACGGCGGGUCAGUCAUUAAGGAGGAGCUUAAAGAAGACAGCAAGGCGGUGGUUGAGGAGGAGCCACUCUGCAAGCAAACAGAGUCAGAGGAAGCACUACCUGAAGCCAAACAAACGACCCCACAGAACCCUCCAGAAAUAUCCAAAGAUUCAGAACUGAAGGAAGGGGAGGAAACUACAGAUGAGCCAUGUGAUCAAGACAUCCCAGUAAAGGCUGAAGCAGCUGCAGAGAGCGCACCAGUUAGCAUUCAGGUGGAGGAGGGGGAGAACAGCCAGCCGGCGUCUGAGGAGCCACAACCCAACGACCAAGAGGCGUCAAAUAAGCAAGCGCCAACUCAAACCCAGGAAUCAAAUCCAGAGAACCCAGUGCUUCCACAUAACGACAGCGGCUUCCAGUCUCCCACCAGUGAGGUGGUGGAGCAGGUGGAGGUGACGUCCACAGCUGACCCACAGGCCUGAUUGACCCCCAGGGCGCCAAACCAGUGACUGAGAACCAAACCAGUGAUCUCCGCUUCAUUUCUUUGAUUUUUUUUUAACAGUAAAGGACACAGCUCACCGACUCUGCUGCUUUUGUCUUCGGUCACCGCGGCAACGAACGCAUAGCGGCACGUCUUCAUGUCGGAGCCGACACCGUUUUCACAGCUUUUUCAUUCGCCUGCGAGACCCUAAGCUUCUGUUCUACACGGCACACAUUUCCUUAGUGUUGAUCUGAAAGUCCGAGCACAGUGGGGGAGCGGGUGUCUGGAACGGGGCGACAAACACAGACCAGGUGCUUGAACACUCCUGUUGAGGUUGGUUGUUCAGUUAGCUUUUCAGACUGUUUUACCAAACCGCUGUGGCCUUUAGAAACCGGCAGCAGUCGGCACUUUUUAUCAGUUGAUCUGAUGAAUGGAAGAUGAUGAUGAUGAGCUCAGACCAAGUUUAGGUCUGCUUUAAUUCUGUUCUGGGCUUUUUAGUCGGCCAAUAGGUGAUCCGUUCCAGAGCCGAAUGAAGAUCUCUACAUCCCAAUGUCGGCGUACACAGUUAAAUGUCAUAUAGCCUAUCUGAGAACACUAUUUCUGUCUUUACAGCUCUGUGCAUAUCAUGUAUAAAAGUUUGUUUGAAGCAAAGAUCCACCAAACUGUCACUUUUUAUAAAUCUUUUUAUCAUUUCAUAAUUGUUUUCAGAUUUCUUCCUUCUGUUAUUUAUUGUUUUGCACUCUUCUUUUUUUUACAGGAUAUAUUUUAUGUGAUUGUCUGUUGUGUGAUUCAAAUCAAACUGUUCUUGAUAAUAAACCAUCAUUC